UUAUUGUAAAAACAGUUCAAAAUGAACCUGUUUCAAAGGUUGUAAAAUUUAAAUUGUAGUAAAGUAGAUAUUAACAAAGAACAUAACAGACAUAAAGUCUGCAAGCUUAUUUUUCGGAGAACAAAAGAUUUUUAAAAAAUGACCUCAGAACAUCCUGUACAAAAUGGAAUUAAUGGUCAUCACACACCUGCGCCACACCCCCAUGCCCAACAAAGUUAUCAUCCUGGACCACGUAGUAGAAGCAGCAGUACAGCCAGUGAUAAAUCACAACAAUUAACAAGGAAAUUAUCUUUCUCACUACGCGCUUCUGAUUUUGGCAUCACCAAAGAUGAACGUCUCACGGCUGAAGAAAUGGACAGCCUGCGUAACCAGGCAACAGCAUAUGAAUAUUUGUGCCAUUUGGAAGAAGCAAAAAGAUGGAUAGAAGCUUGUAUAAAUGAGGAAUUACCGCCUAGUGUCCAGUGAGAAGGUCUCCAAAAUGGUGUAUUCCUUGCAAAACUUGCACAUUUUUUCAAUCCUAAAGUGGUUCCGAUUCGAAAAGUGUACGACAAAGAUCAGAAAAAAUAUGAGCAGAAAGGUCUUCAUUUCAAACACACUGACAACAUUAAUCAUUUCUUUAAAGCAAUGGAAGAGACUGGAUUACCAACGAUUUUCUACCCUGAAACAACAGAUAUCUACGACCGUAAGAACAUGCCAAAAACUAUUUACUGUGUUCAUGCUCUGAGUUUAUUUCUUUUCCGCCUUGGAAUCGCUCCCCAGAUUCAGGACUUGUAUGGAAAAGUGGAAUUCACAGAGGAAGAGAUCAGCAACAUGCAGAAAGAACUUGAUAAAUACGGAAUCCAGAUGCCUCAGUUCCAUAAAAUUGGUGGAAUCCUUGCUAACGAAAUGUCAGUUGAUGAAGCUGCCUUGCAUGCUGCUAUUAUUGCUAUCAAUGAAGCAUUAGAUAAAGAUGUUGUUGAGGAAACAUUUUCAACAUUACAAAAUCCAAAUGCUUGUCUGAAUGGUAUCACUCAGGACAAUGCAGAAGAAUACCAGAAUAGAUUGAAGGAAGCAAAACGUGUGAAAUGUGAAGCGGCUCUGAGCAAGUCUAAAGAUGAUCUGGAUGACAGAGACAUCUAUGAAGAAUUGCUUACUCAUGCUGAACUGCAAGGAAAUCUCAAUAAAAUUAAUUUGGAUGUAAAACUCGAAACACUGGCAAGAAGUCUUGCUGCUGGAAAUGAAGAAGAAUUGUUUGCAAACCUCAGAACCCUUGGAAUUAAUGAUCUGAACGUUGAAAAUAAGAAAUGGUAUUUGGAACAACUUGCAAAUGCUUUGAAAAAGAAGAGAGAGGAAACUGGUGAUGAAAAUGCAACAUUGGACAAAGAUGAAAUUCAGGCUGCCAUUAAUGAAGCUAAUAUUCUCGCCAUGAAACACAGACAAAUGCUUGCUGCUGUGGCCGCUAUUAAUGAUCUUCUACGAGAGGAUGGUGAUCCCCAUGAAACCAUGCAGGCAUUGCAAAAAACGGAAGCUCAACUACCAGAAGUUGUUCCAGAUUAUCCAUCGUUAUACCAUGAUCAACUUGUUGAAUUGAAGAAAAUGAAAGAAGACCAACUUGGAGAAAAUAUUCUACUAACACACGAUGACUUAUCUUCUGUCAUUCCACAUUUGUCUGCAUUGGCUCGUCUUAACAAAGCAUUAGACAUUGGUACCAUUGAGGAAAUUUGGACUGCAUUGAAUGAUCCUGAAAUUGGUGUCACUGAUCUCGAAGAGUCAAACAGAUCAAGAACAUGUGAAGCACUCAGGAAAGUGAAGGCAACAAAGAAUUACUUGACAUUGUUGGAAGUCCAAGAAACUGUUGUUGCUGUCAACCAACAAAUACAAGAGGAACAAGACCGUAUCAAAGCAGUCAGCAGUCUUAAUGAUGCAAUGGAUAGUGGAGAUGUUGAUACAAUGAAACAAGCCUUACUUGAUCCCAAAUUACAACUUGAAAAUUUUGAACCAAAAAAUCUUACGCACUAUGUGAGGCUGCUACAGAAGAAAAAGGAAGAAAAGUCAAAGGAAACUGGCGAUCCAAAUCCUGCAUUAUGGAUAGAAGAGAUUCAAGGAUGUAUUAAUGAAGCUAACAGACAAACACAAAUUGCUAGAAAACAGGUGUCAGCUGUAACUGCAGUUAACAUUGCUAUCGAGGGAGAUGACUGGGAACAAACAUUUGAACUUAUCAGACAUCAAGAUCUCGGACUUUCAUAUACAAUACCUGAAUGUGCUCAAACUUAUCAUGAACAAUUGCAGGAGAUAAGAGAAGAUAAGGUUGAAGAAGGUUGCAAGGAUGAGACGUGGGUGGCGUACGAAACACAGGAAGGAUAUAAUUAUUAUUUUAACACUGAAACCUUGGAAGGUAGCUGGGAUGCACCUGAUGAACUGAAUGAAAAUCCAGCACAAUUGACAAGAGAUGAAAUCAAGGAAUGUGUUGACAUGGUAUCUGCUGCAUAUGACAGAGCACAGUUAUGGAGAGAUAAUGAAGAUGUCAUUAUUAAAUUACAAUCUUUCAGUCGCAUGUAUUUGGCUAGAAAAGCCUAUAAAGAUAGACUUGCUUAUAUUGAAAGCCAGCUUCCUGCCAUCAUCAUGAUACAAUCACACUGGAGAGGAUACGUUCAACGUUCCAAAUAUCUAGAUAGAUUGGAAUACUUCAGAAACAAUAUUGCAACUAUUAUUAAGUUGCAAAAGUGGGCUCGUAUGUGGCUUGCUCGUUCAAGAUACAAGACUAGACUUGAAUAUCUUGCUAGCAAUGCACGCCAUAUCAUUCGUAUUCAAGCUUGGUUCAGAUCAAACAAGGCGAGACAUGAUUAUAAAACGCUGACUGGAGCUGAGAAUCCACCAUUAAGUGUUGUCCAAAAAUUUGUUCAUCUGCUGGACCAGAGAGACAAAGAUUUUGCUGAAGAAAUUGAAUUACAAGAAUUAAAGAAGAAAGUUGUUCAAUAUAUCAAGUCCAACAAUGAAUUAGAAACUGCUUUGAAUACAAUGGAUAUCAAGAUCGGUCUCCUCGUCAAAAACAGAAUCACAUUGCAGGAUGUGGUAAACCACAGCAGAAAUCUUCGUAAAAAGAAGGAACAACAGGCAUCAGAAAUAUCCAGUGGUUUGAAAUCACUGAACAAACAGAACAGAGUCAGACUGGAAGCAUAUCAGCAUCUAUUCUACCUUCUACAGACCAAUCCAACUUACUUUGGAAAAUUGAUAUUCAAAAUGGCGUCUGGUCGAACAACAAACUUCAUGCAGUCUGUCAUUCUAUCUGUAUAUAACUACGCAGCUAAUGUCAGAGAGGAAUAUCUCUUGCUCAAGUUAUUUAAGACUGCUCUCCAGGAAGAAAUAGAAUUUAUCAGUCGUGCAUCAGAUGGUUCUGAAUUAACAGCGGCAUCCAAAGUUGACAAAGUGAAGGAAAUUGCCACUGGUAACCCACUUGUUAUCAAGAUGGUCGUGACCUUCAACAGAGGCUCAAAGGGUCAAAGUUCUUUGAGAGAAAUCUUGUCACCACAAGUUCAAUAUGUUAUGAAAGACAAGGCAUUGAACAUAAACAUGAGUCCAGUUGAAAUAUACAAAGCAUGGAUUGGUCAGAAAGAAACAGAGACUGGUGAAGCCAGUGAUUUGCCAUAUGAAGUAACAACAGAGCAAGCUCUUCAGCAUGAUGAAAUCAAGAAAAGAGUAGAGGAUUCAAUUGAACAACUUCGCCUCGUUACAGAAAAAUUCCUCGGAGCUAUUCUAGGUUCUGUUGAAAAAAUACCAUAUGGGCUUCGAUAUAUUGCAAAAUGCUUGAAGAAUUUGUUGAAAGAAAAAUUCCCUGAUACGCCUGAAGAUGAAGUGUUGAAGAUGGUUGGAAACCUGAUCUACUACAGAUACAUGAAUCCUGCUAUUGUUGCUCCUGAUGGUUUUGAUAUCAUUGAUGUAACUGCAGGAGCUGCAGGGUUAAAUGCAGAUCAACGCCGUAAUCUCGGUUCUAUUGCAAAAGUACUUCAGUUUGCAAGUACAGGAAAAACGUUUGCUGGUGACAUGGAACAUUUAAAAUCAAUCAACAAAUAUCUAAGUGAAGCAUAUGAAAGAUUCAAGAAGUUUUUUGCGCUGGUUUGUGAAGUUCCUGAACCAGAAGAAAAAUAUAACAUGGAUGAAUACAGCGAUGCUGUUGCCUUGAGCAAACCUGUUAUUUUUAUCAGCAUAAGAGAGAUUCUUGAUACACACAAGCUCUUGCUUGAACAUGAAGAUGAAAUUGCACCUGAUCCAAACGAUGCUCUUCAUGAAACAUUAGAAGAGUUAGGUGACGUUCCUGAGAUAGCUCAACUUGUUGGUGUAACUCCUACUGCAAAAGCUCCUGCUGGGAAAAAAGGUGGUGAUACUUCACAAGCUUCAGGUGAAGGUGAACAAGAUGAGAAACAGUUGGAACAACUGGGUAAUACUGAAGUGUCACUAACAUUGCUGAACAGAAUAGAAGUAAAGGAAGAUGAUGAUGGUGAUGUGAGAAAUGUAUUACUCAGAACUAAGAGAAUGAUAAUAGACGUGAUUCGAGUGCAACCUGGUGACAAUCUUGUUCAACUAUUGGAAACUGAAGCAACAGAUCAUCAGCAAGAGGAACAUAUGGCGAAUAUACAAAAACUAGAAGAGCGUGAAAAACAGAAGAAAGCUGCAGAUGAAGACGGAAAGAACAUGCUGAAAAUGAGAUCCUUAUUGACUGAAAACAAGUUACCGCUCGAAGACAUGAAACGAAGAAUUGCCAAAAAUUUAGAAAUUCUUGAACAGCAUAACAUCGUCAAAAAAGAGAACAAAUACCAAGCGAUCGUCAAUAUGAUAGCCAGGGACAUUCGCAACCAACGUAGGUAUCGUCAACGCAGGAAGCAAGAAUUGACGAAACUCAAACAGAACAUGUCGAUGUUGGAUCAGAAAUCGAAAUUCUUUGAAGAACAAUCAGAAUAUUACAAUCAAUAUAUCAAGAGCUGUCUCGCUAGCUUGGCAAACAAAAGCAAAAAGAAACAGAAAACGAAAAAGAAGAUCCCAGGAAUCAAAUAUACGGCAUCGGAAUUGCAUAGAAAGAAGGUUUUACUUGAAAUCGAAGGAUUGGAUACCAACCAAUUCCGUAACGUUAUGUUUGAAAUCGGACCAUCAGAAGGCGACCUCGGCAAAUUUGACGUUUCUGCCAAAUUCAUGGGAGUCAAUAUGGAAAAAGUGUCCGUCGUAUUCCAGGAUCUCCUACAGUUACAAUACGAAGGUGUAGCUGUUAUGAAGAUGUUUGAAGGACGAGCCAAAAUAAACGUCAAUCUGCUUAUUUUCCUCUUGAACAAAAAAUUCUACGGCAAAUGAGAUGAUGGAUAUAGUAUUACAAAACAUACUCAGUAGCAGCAUUCAUAAAUCGAUUUGAAGAAACCAUCGCAAAUCUAUUUUUUGUGUAAUUUGCUCGACAAAUCGAAAACAAUGCCCAAAGCAUUACUACCAAAGGUCCGAAAUUAUCAUGCCAAAUAUGGAGCGGUUUUAAGUACCUAACCGUGUAAUAAAAUUUCAUGGACGAUAAAAUUAAAUUUCGACUUAAUGAACCUAAUUACGAAGCCCAAAUAGAAGCUUACAGAUUAUUAGAUUUUCCAAUUUAGCAAAAGCAUUACAUAAAUAACUUAAUCGCAAUCAUAUUGUCAAAUUCAUAACAUCCCUUUUUGCACGCUAAGAAGCCGGCACCAUGCAAAAUAUCAAAUUUGUUCGGAAACAUGUUCUUCUCUUGUAGAAAAGCAUAUGCUGUAUUCUUAACGCGUCGUCUUGUAUAUUAGUUGUAUUAUACAAAUUUAGAAGUUUGUUUUUGUUAUUUUGACAUGAUUUUCGUUCGUCAAAUAUAAAUUUAUUAAAUUCUAAUACAAACCACACUCACUCACAGAGAAAAAUAACUCAUUUACGUCCAUGACAUUCCAAUUUUUUCAUUUUUACUUGAGACGAUAUCUAUUCCUUGAGAUCCAUUCCGGUAUUUUACCAUUCCUCCGUCAAAUAUUAACUGUUAUAAUAUUGUAAACUAAGAACCAAGCAUGGGCCUCUCGUUAUUGUCUUGUAAUAGAUCUUGAUAUGACAUCUGGAUAUUCUGCAUACUGUAGUAUUUAACCGUACUUGUUAUUUUUAUCUUUAUUCGAAUUCACGUAAUCGGUGUUGUGACGUCAUAUUACUAUAUUAUUUUAUAUUACUUUCUGACGACCAACUUAAAUCCUCGUCUAGGGAUGUGCAAAAAUUUAGUUUAGGAAGAAACCGAAAUUAAGAAGGUUCCUUUUGAGACUUUUUUUCACGUUUCGAAACUUAUAUGACAACAUUUCUCAUGUGUAACACGAUUUUGUUGUCAAUUCAACCCUUUUAGUCGAAAUUGAAAUUUGAAAGGUGAAUUUAAACUAUUUACAUAUGGACAUCCCUAGACUGUUAGCAUAAUUUAUCCAUCUGCGAUGUGCCAUUUGCUAUUGUUUUAGGUAUGUUGUAUUAAUAUGUUCCGUUGCCUUAUCUUAAGUUAAAAAUAGAUUGGCAAUAUACCAAUUUGUGCCCGUUAAUUUGAUUAAAUAUAUAAAUGCUCAUCGAAUUUAUUCCACAUUUCUGAAAUAUAUAAAUGCACAAACACUUGAAGUUAACUACUAAUAUGCAUAGAUCGGAGAUUUCGGCUCAGCCGAACUCGUUUUUUUCUGCUACUGCAUUCCGCAAUUUAGCUAAUUUCUUUGCAUUCCAGACCCUUUUGGACCUGCUUGUAUCAGGCCAGUAAUCUGGGUAGUUGAUUUGGGUUUUUCGUUGGGCAUCACCAAUUUGCUUUUUAUUUGUAUAUUGUUCUUGUUUUAUUUCUAAAUAACUUUUUGUGAACGGGGAAAUGGGAAGUAAAUGAAUGCUUUCAAGCAUGAUUUGGUUGGUUCUCAUUUCUUUGUCGAUAAGAAUACCCGUUCAUGUUUGCUACCUUUUGAUUAGGUAGGCCGAAUAAUUGCAUGUUUUAUUAUUUUCGUACGUUCGGCAUGUGCCCUACGUCAAUUUGCUUUGUAUAUACUAUCCGGAGAAAAAGUUAUGACAAAGUA